UUCAGUGCGCACCUCGUGUUGUGUGUUGGUUUUCAGUGAGAAGGAGAGUCAGGAGUCUGGGGAGUUUACGCUGAAGAAUUUUCUCAAAAAUUAUGUCUUCUUUUAGAAAAGCUCUGAAAUCCCAGCAGCGAAACCAUCUAGAGAGGUCUCAGCCUGGAUUCCGAAAACGUUUGGGUUUCCUGGAGAAGAAAAAAGAUUACAAAGUCCGAGCAAAUGACUUCCACAAGAAGCAGAACACACUUACAGCAUUGCGUAAAAAAGCCCUGCAGAGAAACCCUGAUGAGUUCUACUACAACAUGAUCAACACCCACCUGGAGAAUGGGGUGCACAUGAAGAAGGCAAAAGCAGAAGAUGAGGUUACAGAGGAGCAACUAAAGGUCAUGAGAACCCAAGACAUCAAGUAUGUGGGCAUGAAGCGGGUUGCAGAAGCUAAGAAAAUUGAAAGGUUAAAGUCUGAGCUUCACCUUCUGGAUGCCACUGGGAAGCAGAAGAGUAAGCACAUCUUCUUUGUUGACACUAAGAAAGAAGUGUCAAGUUUUGACCUGGCCAAGCACCUGAACACAGCUCCAGAGCUGGUGGACCGUGUGUACAACCGGCCAACCCUGGACACACUGGAAAGCAAAACCAUCCAGGGUGCCACAAGUGCCAGAGAACUCAAGAGACUGGCCACGCAGAGGAAGCAGCAGUAUAAGCUGUUGUCGCAGCGGAUUGAUAGGGAGAAGAAGAUGUUUGUCAUCGAACAAAAGAUUCAAACUCGUAAAGACUUGGCAGACAAAUCCAAGAAAGUGAAGGUGAAAAAGGAGACAGCCAAUGCUCCUGCAGUCUACAGAUUUGAGGCCAAGAGGAAGCGCUGAGGUUUGGAGGCGACACCUUGUGAUCCUGGAACUCUGCAGUUCGACUUUCAAAUUUUCUGAUCUUCUGCCAAAGACAAUACAUCAGGUGCAGUGUCCUGCACAGAAGACAUUAAAAUUGAAAUACAAGGAUUGUUACUGGAUGACUACAUGUUGUAUAUUUAUUAUGACACCUUUUGUAAGGCUUCAUAUGCACAUUAAAGGUUUUUGAAAUUGA